AUGUUCAACUAUUUUCGAUUCAUCCUGUUCGCGACAUCCGCCCCUAUCUUAAUGAACAUCGCCAUUGGCCAUCCCUACCCUUGGCUUCCUACUAUGCUUCUUGCCAUUUGUUUCGCUGUCCUCUCCAGCAUCUGUGCCAUCGCCAUUGCGAUGUUCGUCCAGCCCUUCUUCCUUAGCAGCCUUCGCGAUCUCCCAACCGCCUCCCAAAAGCCAAUCUGGACAAGACUGUUUAGAGAACCCACAGGUCGUGAUCUUGCAAGAUUCCACGGACAGGCUUCCACCAGUCAGCUUAUUCGAUAUUUUGGCGUCCUGAACUCUGAAAGAUUGCUUCUCAUGGACCCUAAGGAUAUCAAACAAGUCAUGGAUUCGGAGGCUUACGAUUUCGGGCGUUCUUACCUCAUCCGCCGCCUCCUGUCUCCAAUCUUGGGCAAAUAUAGCCCGGUGGAGAAUGCCCAUCUACUCGUUGAGGACGUUACGACCAAUAGCACUGAUACUGACGGGCACACAUUGAGCCCAGACAAUGCUAUCGACAUCCUCAAGUGGCUCGAGAAAGCCACAUUCAAAAUUGUACUCAUUGCCUUCUUCGGAUCAACCGUCAAUAACGACAAUUCUUUGUUUCAAGGCCUACUGCAAGAAUUCCGGGAUGCAUUCGCAACAACAUCGGGCUCAUCUGCACAAAUGGAGAUGGCCUUGGAGACAAUCCUUCCGUGGCAUAUUUUUCUUGCUCUUUUUCCAUUCAACGACGUACGAAAGACAAAGAGAUCUAUGCGACGCAUCAGGGGUUAUUGUCAAAGACAAAUUGCGCAGAGAAAAUCUCAGUACACACCUGCGUCUCGCGCUCUACCUGACAAGAAUAUUCUGGACACAGCAAUUAAGUCGGAGGACCUCAACGAUGAAGAAAUGCUGGAUUUGUGCACCACCUUUCUCGCAACAGGUUACAAAACAGUCUCUGUCGCUCUUGCGUGGGCCAUCUACCAUCUCUCCACUAGACCUGGUGUACAGGCCUUGUUGCGUACAGAAGUCCGCGCCAGUUUCCCUGCCCCAGGCCAGACUGAUGCGCCACCUGUGACAUCUGACCUGUUAAAGAAGAUGUCCGUUCUAGCAGCUGUCUGUGAUGAAACUUUAAGAUUUUCUCCUUUGGUCGCACUCACAUACAGAGAAGCGCGGACUGAUACGCUGCUUUCUGGAUCCAACCAAGUCAUACCACAAGGUACAAUACUCGCGAUCUCGCCUUGGGUGAUUCAAAGAUCAUCAAUAUACUGGCGAAGCGGAGAACCUACAAGCGAAUCUCUAAGUGGUUCUCGUACAGCAUUACCCAGUCCCUCGACUUGGGACGUGACGCGUUGGCUAUCAGACAAAAAAGGAGGGGCGAAGAUGCAGUGUUCAUUCAUGCCCUUUGGACGAGGACCACGAUGCUGUAUCGCGGAAACGUUUGCUCGAGACGAGAUGAUGAUUCUGCUUGCUGCGCUAGCAGCUAGAUUUGAUUUCUCCUUCCAUUCUAGCGGUCGCGACCAUGAUCCAAGACCCGAAGAGUUGAGAGUCUCGUUUGGUGUGGUAGCAGAGCCCGUGAUGCUGAUGGUACGGGCUCAGCCGGUGUUUUGA